UUGUUAAUUACAAUUAUUAAUAUUUAUGAUUGAUAAAUAUUAUGUGUACUGUAAGAAAUAUCAAUCAUGGAAUUGUGCAUCAUUUUUUCAUAUAUUUAUCAUUGCCAUGUGCCAUUCUAUCAAUCAUUUUAGAAGAAUUUCAUCAAAAAUCAGUGAUUGGAUUAAUAUUAGUUGGCUGACCUGCAGAUUGAUUUUAUUAUGGGGAGUAAGCGCGACCGAAGUCCAUGUAAUUAUGUAUCUGAUUUGGAUACGGAUGAUGGUGGCAAUUCUCAAUACAGGCUUAAGAAAAAACAGGUUGUUCCUGCAAUUUUCAAGGAUAAUUGUAUGACUGUUUGUGGUAAAGUGAAGGCCCAGAGGCUUGUGUUGAAGGAACAUGAGAGGAGAAGCUCUCGGCCGCCUAAUUUGACGUGUCGGAUUGAAUCUUUUACAAGGAUCUGUCAAACAUUUGAUGAGAGGACAACUAAAUGGGUGAAGGAGAUGGGAUUUGGAGGCCUUCUUCAUUUACCGUCUGAUUUGCAACUUCCGAGGAAACUUAACUAUUGGCUAUUGAGCCGCGUUGAUCCAAUAAGUCAAAAAUUGAUAGGCAGUGAUGGAAAAGAGUUCAAAUUUUCAAACAACCAAGUCCAUCGGGUUCUUGGAAUUCCGAAUGGAGGACUUCCUGUGCCCACCAAGAAAUCAUUGAGCACAGAAAUGCGUGCAAAGACCUACGAGAUCUUGGGAAAGUAUGGCAAAACAUGGGAGGGUAAAUCAAGAAACUUUCUUGGCCGCACGUAUACGUCUACAGGGAUUCCUAUCAAUUCUAGCAUGAUGGAUAGGUUGGAGGAUUAUUGGGAGGCACAUGACAAAGAAGAGUUUAAGACCCUGUUUCUGUUGAUAAUAUUGCAAAUGCUUCUAUGUCCUACUCAGUCGCCACGAUUAGCUGCUGACCUUGUUCCCGCCUUGACCUGUGCUUCAGAUUGUCAGAAUUUUGAUUGGUGUGAACUUGUGAUGGGUAGAUUGAUGCAGAGUGUCGUGAGUUUUGCUAGGGCGUUUUAUGCAUCUGGCUUUGCAAAGGGUUGUGGUGGUUGUACCAUUUUCUUAGUGAUUUUCUACUUGGACAGGCUAAAUAGAGAUCCGGUGUCAUGGGGAAGUUUUCCCCGUAUUAAGGUUUGGAAUAUGCAGCACAUUAGAGGUGCUGCUAAGGAAGACAAAAUUACAGCUACUGGAGAUUUUGGGCACCUUGGGAUGUUAGACGUUGCGUAUGGUGAGCAGCACCUUGAUAUGGCUAGGGAUAGUAAUGGCCCAGUUGACACUGCCAGGUUGUAGAGGAAUUUGGGAGUAGGCGUACGACAACUUUGAAAAAGAGGAGGACAGCGAGAAAGGAUAGAAAACCAUUUGUUCGUAAUGAUAUAAGUGGAACGAUGAAGUUUUCUGCAAACCCUUGGAGGUGCAAUAAUGGUUCAAACUCUCAAUUUUUUAGGCCAUCUGUUUCACCAUUGUUACCGGUGUACGAGGUUACUAUUUUUUUAAACAACUCAAAACCGCAAUGGUCUUUUCCUUUGCAAUUCACGACCUUCACUCGGAAAACGCAAAGCAGCAAUUGCUCUGCCCUGUUUAUUUCACUACAAAUGUGUCAGAUAAUUGUCCUUCAAUCGGGGAUGCCAUGUUUGACUUGGAAGGAAAUAAACAGUUUGCUAGGUGAAUUGCGUGGCAUGCUGAAUGUUGGAGUAUUAGGGUCCAUUUCAACCAAGCUUGGAUGGAGUGUGAAGGUACUCAAUAACAACCCUGUCCUUAAACAACCGUAGAUGAAAUAACAAUUAUGGAAUUUCAAAGAGAUCGUCAGCCGAUGUGUAAGACACAUACGAAUUGUCAGUGUUCUUACUGUGUUGUAAUAUUUAUGCAUUUCCAUUGCAAAAUCUCAAUUUCAUUUCAUUGUAAAACAGUAUUGUAUGAACAAUUGAAUCCGAUAUGUUUUACUCAAAUAUUUUUUAAUGCACUGAGACCUCAAGAAAUGUCGGCCCAGUUGCAGUUGUUCAAA